CCGAAGCUUAAAUCCCGAUCGGAAAACAGGCAAAUGCAUGUUUGCUUGAAACAAGACAUCACAAGUCUUCGGACCAGAAGAGGUGAUACUGGUAGCGUCCUUUGGAGAGCAAGGUAGCUUGAGCAAUACACAUGCCCGACGCGCCCCCUUACCGCGCAUUUUCUUGUAGCAUUGAACUUGCUCGUGUCAUCCUGAGUGACUGCUAUUGUCCGGUGGUUGAAGGUAGCCGCUCAUUUAUCAAUCCCACGAAGUUCCGUGAGGCGCGCGUCCUGGAACUUGGGUCAGGGAUUGGACUUCUUGGUUGCCUAUUCGCCCCGCUAGUGAAGCAUUACAUUGUAACGGACUUGCCGGAAAUGUUACCUCUCAUUCAAAAAAACAUGGACGAAAACGUGACGAAAACUGAUUCAAAUCCUCCCCAAACUCGCGCACACAGAUCAAAAAAUCGGCAAUCUUUGGAUGCUCAGGUCCCAUCAGCGCCUAACUAUAGUAUUGCUGCCCUUGAUUGGACAGACGUGGCAACCUCUGCACCGAGCAGCACCGCGCGGAAGCUCGUUCGAACUUCUGUCCUAGGAUCUCCGUCGGAGCACAUUGACCUGAUCAUUGCCGUUGACACCCUUUACAAUACGUCACUCGUAUCUCCAUUUCUUGCCACACUGGAAGAGUUUGCCAAUGGACCCAGUACCAAGGCGGAGGGGGGCGUGCGAGAAAGCACAGCUGUCCUUGUUGUGUGUGAGCUCAGGGAUGAGGACGUCAUUCGUGUUUUCCUGGAAGGGUGGCUUUCACUCGGCGGUUGGAAGGUAUGGCGGGUUGGUGAUCAUGCAUCGCCAGAUGCACGAGAUACAAACAAUGUUACCCUCGGAUAUGGGAUUCCCUCAGAGGCUUUUUUCGAUGGUCCCUUCGUUGCUUGGUUGGGCUGGAAAGCCUAGUUGUUACGUGUCUACUUAUCGCGGAAGGUUUUAGGACCCUCACGAUGAGCGAUUUUUGGUCCCAGUGUAGACGUACCUCUGCUGCGAAUGAGUCAUCACACGCUGAAUCAUUUAGGUGGAACCGAGCUCCAUGCUUCCGCCGAUGGAGCUCAUCAAUUACAGAAGACCAAAGGGAGCAGAGCCAUUGGUGCACUAUCCAAUGACCCCAAUUGGCUGCUAUCAUU